AAUUUUCUUUGAGGGUGGAGAGCUGUGUGCAGCCUCUGUGUCUUUAACACUCGGGAAGAGCAGAGAUGGGAGAGGCUGCGCGUUCAUGUCUAUUUUUUUGCUCCGCUGCGCCGGGAACGCGCACUGGGUCCACACGCUCUGGAGACUGAGGAAAAAAGAGCCGUCGGUUUUGCAGCAGAGGCUCAUCUGGAAAAAUGAUCUUUCCACUGUCCUUUAUCACCGACAACGAGGUCCGUACAUGUAACAGAAUCCAGCACAUGUGAGGACUCGAGUUUUUAAACUUGCAGCAAAGGAUUGUAAACUCUCCGAGCGAUUUAUACAACGCAGGAUCUGAAGUUAUCAAAAGGCACAGGAUCAGAAAAUGGCGAGGAGGUUGCUGCUUCUCCUGACCAUGUGGACAGCUGCGGUUGGCAUUGUGCAGUGCUGCCCUGAGCUGUGCAGCUGCCAGGAUAAAUUUGCUCACCAGUUUGCUGACUGUGCUUACAAGGAGCUGCUGGUGGUACCUGUGGGUCUGCCCUCCAAUGUUACCACCGUGAGCCUCUCAGCCAAUAAAAUCAGAAUCCUGAAAAGCAAAAGUUUCGUAAAUAUCACCCAGGUCUCUUCUCUGUGGCUGGCUCACAAUGAGCUUGUUACCAUAGAGACGGACACUCUGGCCCCCCUGAUUCAGCUCCGUAAUCUGGACAUCAGUUACAACAAAAUAGUGAACUUCCCAUGGCAAGAUCUGCAGAACCUCACUGUCCUACAGCUCCUGAAAAUGAACAACAAUGAAAUGAUUAAUCUACCAAAGGACGCUUUCUCCACCCUCAAAGACCUGAGGUCGCUGCGCAUCAACAAUAACAAAUUCACUACCAUCGUUCAGGGUACCUUUGAUGCCCUCACCUCCAUGUCCCACCUCCAGAUUUUUAACAACCCCUUCUCAUGCUCCUGCAGCCUGGAGUGGCUGAGGGACUGGAUCACAACCACCAAGAUUUCUGUUCCUGAGCCAAAUUCAAUUCUUUGCGAGGCCCCUGAGCACCUGAAGGGAACGCUAGUGACAAACAUUCCUAAACUGGACUGCCGAGCCCCCACCAUCUCUAUAACCUACCAGCCCAACGUUGAGGACAGUGAGAUUCCUGAGGGAGUCAUGGUGGUCUUGAAUUGUGAGACACAAGGGAGCCCCGCACCACAGGUCAGUUGGGAGGUAAUUGCAGGGAAUCAAAAUUAUCUUUUCCCCUUGCCAUCUUCUGGGGAGAUAAAUGAUAGACCAAUUAAUGAUAAAGCAACCAAUAACCGGUUCCUCGUCUUCAGAAACGGCAGUCUCAUCAUUCUUCAGAUGAGUAAAAAGGAAGAUGGGAAUUACAGCUGCUCUGCGGUCAACGAUUUAGGGAAAGCGGAGAGCAGUGUGAGAGUGGCGAUGGCAGGCUCCCAAAAACAGAACAGCAAGUCGGCGCUGGAUUCUGCUCUGGACAAAAUCCAGUCAUCGAGUAAAAAGCCUAGCGUGCCCAGGAUCUCCAAAAACAAUGUGAUCAACUGGAGCAAGACUGAGGAAAAGACCAAGAGCGGUCCGGAAGAUUCACGAGACAAAAUCGACCAAAGCGAGCAGGGCGGCGGCGUUUCGAAGAACCCCACUUUUGCCAGUAAGUGUGGAGUGAGAGACAGCAGCGAGUACAUCUCCAACCACGCCUUCAACCUGAGCCUGGAGGACCUGAAACAGUACACCUUUGAUUUUGGUGUGAUUGCACUAGAGGUGUCAGAGACAGAGGCCAAAGUGCAGCUGAACCCACUGCAGCUUCCCAAAAGCAAAUCCAACCUCCACCUCAGUCAGAGUGACAACAAGGAGAUGGUGGUGAAAGAGCCGGUGGAUUUGUACCAGGAGUCGUCUGGUAAAUCCAGCCUGGACAUGCUCUACCUCUGCAUCAACACAGGGAAUGGACAUUCUGUUGUUCAGUGGUCCAACAUAGAGGAGGGGGUCAACUCCUAUCAGUUCCAUGGUUUAAAGCCUGGCACCAAUUACACUCUGUGCCUCACCUAUGGGGGGCAGGACUGCCAGGUUCAGGUGGUGUUUACGACCAGGAAGAAAAUCCCGUCUCUGCUCAUUAUUGUCGUUGUCAGCAUCUUCCUCCUGGGACUGGCCACUGUCCCCUUACUUGGCGCCACCUGCUGCCACCUGCUGUACAAAUAUCAAGGAAAGACCUACAAGCUGAUCAUGAAGGCCCAGAACCCGGAUCAGAUGGAGAAACAAAUGACGGAUGAGUUUAAUUUGAGGGCGUCUUAUGUGGGCUCACAGAAACCGUACAGCACCAGCGAGUCCGGCGACGGCGACGGAGAGGAGGAGGAAGGAGAGGAGGGAGACGCAGACGGAGAGGCGGAGAGCAGCGUGGUGACCGAGUCGAUUCCAGGAUCUUCAUCCAAAACCAACCAGGAGGAGUUCGAGGUGGGCUCAGAGUACAGUGACAAACUCCCGCUGGGAGCAGAGGCCGUCAACAUCUCCGAGGAGAUCAACGGCAACUACAAGCAGCCGGGCCGCUGAGUGACGCUGCUGCAGCCGCUGCAGCCGCUGCAGUACCCCCCAUCACCUCAUUAAAACACUUUACUUUUGAAUUAUAGCAGGUAACUCGUCCUUCAUCACAACGACUGAACCAUGACGCCUGAUAGAACUGAAGGUGCGUCUCUGUGAGUUCCAACCAACUUUCUUUGUUCACGCUCAUUUCUUUUACCUCAGAAAACGCGUCGCCGGACACUGAGGCUGUAAAUCGGUUGAUGUAAGAUAAUAGUAGUCUACUGUAAGGUUAACCUGAGUCACAUACGUUUACAACCGUGCAAGCACAAAUGUGUAUUUGUGAGUCAGUUUUAAAAAAAGUGUGGCUCCCAGUCAGCGGGACGGCCACUGGGCAUCGGCGCACACACCGGGAAUCACGUGUAAUCUAAGGCGAAAAACGACAUUAAAAAAAGGAGUCGUGGUCUUCGAGAGCACAAAAAGCAACAGACCAAAAAAGUGCCAUAUAUUUAUAGCCGUGUUAACGUCAGGGAGAUUCGUUUCUCUCUCUCUCUCUCUGUCUGUGCGCCAGGCUGUGGAUGAACCUGUUUUUAGAAACCUCUCACAGGCCAAGUUCUCUCAGGUGUCGGCGCAAAAGCAGCAGGUGGUAUGAACGAUACCGAUACCGAUAUUGUUAUUGAUAAAGAUGAUGGACGGAGACGGUGAUGAUAUUCCACGGAUUUCCGUUGCUGAACGCUGCGUCCUGCCCGAUGUGCCGCGAACCAAGCGAAAGGAACCUUUCCGUUCUGUCUACGUCAUGACUGACCGCUCAACUCUCUUCGACCGGGGUUUAGUUUCACACGAUGUAAUGUAAAGCUUUAAAUAUAUUCGACAUUCACCUCUUACGACCAAGACCACGGGUGUUUUUUUCUCUCUCUCUCUCCAGUGAACGUGUCCAUCCACGGCAUGUCACGCGUAUUUUCCCUGUGUAGUUUUUCUUAGUGUAAUCUAGAUGACUGUAGAUGUUGCUGUCGACCUGUGAUGUGAAACCACGUAAAUUAAAGGUUGUUCUUUUUUCUUUUUUAUGACUGUCAUUUUUAACAAAGCCCGGACACAGCAGCGCGCGCGCCCGUCCGGCGGCUUCACUGUCCUGUAUUCUAACGCAUAGUGUGUUUUCGUGAACUAUGUUGUAAAUCAAGAAGCCUUGUAAACUUUUGGAGAUUUUUUAACAUAAUUUUAUGUACGUGAAAUUAAUAAAACGAAUGAAGGUA